UGAUUACAGCAUAGAGAGAAUUGAUUGAGAUUCGAUAUCUGAGCAAGCUACUUCUAUUUAUGUCUUAAGACAAACGCAAUAUUUCAAAAUGAUUACUACUUGGAUGCUCGACUCUUUGACCAAGAUUUUGCGUACCAAUCGCCAUGCAGACUGCAAAUUUAUUAUCGAAGCUGCGGAUGGAAGUAAGGUAUUUCUGUGCCACAAGCUGAUCUUUAGCUGCGCCUCUGAGGUGUUCGAUCGCAUGCUCUAUGGCAACUACAAUGAGUCCAGCAGCGGAGAGGUGAAGCUGAACGACGUGGAGCCAAAAGUGUUUGAGAAGUUUCGUGAAUAUGUUUACGGCUACGAUGACGAGAGGCUUGAAGUAUACGACUUUGACACACUUGUGAAACUAGCAGAGUUCGGAAACAAGUACCUGGUAGAGUCCAUCAAGGAGGACUGUGUGUCGCACUGUGUGCGACGACUACUAUUCCAAAAGGAAAUAUUAGGCACAGACGAACUUCUGCGUGUUUUCCAGUGCGCGCACACGCUGAAUAACUCGAGGCUAAUCGAGGCUAUAUCCCGCGUACUCAAGAAUCAUUGUAAGAAGGGUCUCAACCACUCGGCCAUAUACCAGUUUAGCACAGAUGUGUUCAAAAGCUAUAUUGAGGUGGUCGAGAGCAGACUCAGUGAGCCAGAGCGCUUCAACUUGAUUAAAAUGUACAUAAAGUAUAACGAUCUGGAUGAUCCUGAUACUGCUGCUACAGACACUGAAAGUGAACAUGAUACUGCUGCUAUAGACACUGAAAGUGAAGAUGAGAAAACAGAUACUAAUGGACUGGUCGCUACUCCGGCAAUCGAAGGGAAGGGAAAAAUGAAUAGGGAGUAUAUUUCUGAGUUACUGGGGCUAAUCGACUUUUGCAAAUUCACGGCCAAGGACUUCUAUGAAGGACCUGGCAAAUCGAGCUUACUCACCUUGCAGCAAAAGUACGAGAAUCUCUAUAAGAUUGCCAGGAGCUCCUCACAUGCUUCUCACAUGAUUUUUUCUCCCUUUUACUCUUGCAAAUGCUAUUCGUGUUACGGACAUGAAGUCACUGAGUCGACUCAUCAAAGUCUGUCAUGUCCUUUGAAUAUCUUCAAGUAAUCCAAUAUUAGAAAUCAAUUAUUUAAAUAACAUACAUGGGAUCUCUCCCUCUCUCUCCCCUUCUCUUUCUCUCUCUCUCUCUCUUUCUCUAUCUGAUUUACUAUUAUAUUAUGUUGGCGGUUUCAUUUGUUUUCCCUUUACACCUUUUUUCAAAAGUCUUGACUAAGUAUAUAUAUCAAAUUGCGCAGUCAACUUGGCCAAUUUGAAAUAAAUGAGUUCUUCUAUAAUUUAA